AUUCUUUCCCAACGCCAUCCUCAACACAAAACUUCUCAUAAACACCAAUCAAACGAAAAAGAUUCCGCAGCAGUCACCAUAAAGCAAAUCAAACCCUUGUUAAAUCUUAUCUCCAAGCCGAUUCCGAAAAUCUUGAAGAAAAAUUAAAAGGAAAAAAAAAAAAGAGAAAAUGGGAAACGCUCUGAGGUUAUUCUGUGGAUAUUGUUGCAAGCCUACAUCAGAAUCGGAUUCCCUGGGCGGCCUUUCAGCUCUAGCUCAUGAUCUUUAUAACUUCGAAAUUACCUCCCAGGUUCCUGAAGGACUGAGGGAGCAUGUUGCGUCAUCGAAAAAGGCUCAAGCUAAUUGGUACAAAAAGCUUUCCGCUGCAUGGCGAGAAUCGAAACCUCCACCUAAAACACCGGAAGAAGCCUCGAGGCUUAUAAUCCGGACCUUAAAAAGGCACCAGAAGGCCGAUGUUGAGGGUUUAUUGGCUUUCUAUCGUCUUCCUCUGCCACAUACUCUGGUUGAGCUGACUGAUGGCACUCCUCCUCCACACCCGCAAGGACUCCAGUUCGAAUUGCAAACACUUCCAGUAGACGCAAAGGCAGUAGCAGAUGGAGAUACAAUAACUGUCUAUGUUAGUACCACGGAUCCUAGGGAGUCGUCAUCUGUUCCCAGGGAUGUAAAAGUUGCUGCUGUUCAAAGAUCAAAAGCGCGUGCAGUCAAAAAUUAUGCAAAAGCAGAUGCAUUGCAUAAGCAAAUCGUGGAUGCAGGAUACCGGGUACUGAUGAUUCAGAAUGAGGAAAUUCUAGCUCGAAAAUAUAGGAUCAGAUUAAGGGGAAUAGAUGCGCCAGAGAGCGCUAUGCCAUACGGGAAAGAAGCCAAGGAGGAGCUGACUAGAAUAGUUCAGGGAAAGUGCUUGAGGGUUCUUGUAUUUGAUGAGGAUCGUUAUGGGCGCAGUGUAGGAGAUAUAUACUGCAACGGCAUAUUUGUACAGGAAUCAAUGCUUAAGAAAGGUCUAGCCUGGCAUUACACUGCCUAUGACAGACGCCCAGAGCUGGACAAGUGGGAGAAAGAUGCUCGAGCCAAGCGACUUGGACUGUGGGCGUCGUCAAACCCUGAGAAGCCAUGGGAAUGGAGGAAAGACAGACGUGAAGAAAGAUAGUUGUUUCAAAGGCAAAGAAACUGUUCUACAUGCCUGCUUAUAUAACCCCUUGACGUUUAGAGUACCUACAGUGCAUAACAUUUAGAGGUGCAAAGCAACUGGCAACGAGAUACAGCGCACGCUUGCCAUUUGGAAUUCGCAAAUGUUAUAAUGAUAUAUCUAAUUGAUGCUUGAUGGCAAAGGAAGUUUCUAAACAGAAACCAGCACUCUUGGUGGCCACA